UGAAGGACAGCAUGAUUCGGUCAUUCUCCUGGUUUGAGCCUGACAUACUCAAACAGUCGUCACGCCCAGAGUGGCCGGUGAUGCUGCACAAUCUGUGCUUCCUCCACGCGGCCAUCCAGCUGAGGGCAAGGUUUGGACAGGGGGGCUGGAACUGUCCCCAGGACUUCUUCAACAUUGGCUACAGCUGUCUACAGGAGGCACUUGCCAUCGUUCAGAAUGAGUUCAAAGAACCACUGACCUCAGUGGCGCCCGACGGCUCCCAGAAUUCUCGCUCUGUCUCCUACAACGGCAUCAGAUACAUGGUCGCUGGGAUCGUGUACGGCAGUCAUGUGACGGACUUCUACGACCAGCAGAGUCUGUGUGCUAUGGUGGACUUCUGGCUGUCCUCGGGGGCCCUCAAGAGGGACUUUGAGGUCAAAGGACUGAAGUACCGUCAUCCACAAGCUUUCUUUAAUCCAAACGUUCGGCUGAACACCCUGAUCCAGGCACUAGAUGGCGCUCCGAAUCACAAUCUGGACGUUCCCGAGGGCUGUCACAUCCACCAGACCAUCGUGGAUGAACUUAGUGCGACCCUGCUUGGAGAUGACCAGUACGUGUUCACGCGGCUGAACAAGGUGUUCGACAGCAUGCCCUCUAAGCUGACCCUGUCCCACAAGAUGUUCCCGCGACCACCCACCCCGUUCGACGGCCCAGCCCAGGCAGGAAUCAGUAAGACUAGUAACAACCCAUCCGUGGUUCACCAGGGGGUCUUCUCCACCGCCAGCUACGCCACCCACAAAAUCCGCUUCAAGGACGUGGAGCUGUGGCAGAUCUGCAACGACCUGCUGCAGAAAACGCCCAAAAUCGGCAACAGUAGCAAGUCUUUCCGCGAGUUUGUUGUGGAGAAAAUCCGUAAGCUGCCAGGAGACUACCCCAUCUUUAAUGACUUCAUCAUGAAGGAGUGCGAGAUUCUACAUCAACUGUUGACUGAAGUCAGAAACACCCUCACAACAAUAAGGAACGCCUGUGAGAACAACGUGAUGGGUGACCAGUUGAGUGACCACUACCUGUCCGCCGCGGACGACCUGUACCACAUGAGGAUUCCAAGGAUCUGGUGUAAGAUGACCGGCACCACAGCACCACCCUACACCUACAAUGCCGCCCAGUGGCUCCGAGAUCUGGAGGACCGCUGGAAACACUUUGAAAAAAUCCUCAGCAUGGGUAGAAAAGCAAUGCCAGCCUACUGGCUAGGAGCGUUCUUCAAUCCUAGAGGACUCCUAGCUUUGCUGAAGCAGGAGGCCAUCAAGAACUACUGUGGGGACAGGUCAGGCAACUUUGAACAGUUCACCUUCCAAACCGACACCACAUUCAGAGACUUUGGACAUCUCCUCCAACCUCCACCAGAGGGUGUCUACAUCCACGGAAUCCACCUAUGGGGCUGCUCAAUCGAGAAGACGACCAAUGAGUUCCAGGACCAGGCCUCACGCCAGGGAUACGCCCCUCUCCCCGUCCUCCAUCUCCAGUGCUACCCAGUCAACGAGAAGCCGGCCCUACAGGAGCCCUCCUUCCAGUGUCCCUUGUAUGCGUCCAGAAUUGCCCCACGUGACCCAAUCAUGGAAAUCGACAUUAAGAAGGAGGGAAUUCCGCCCAUGAGGUGGGCUCUACGCGGACUGACUGCCACUAUUUGGCCGUAUUAAAUGACAAAGAACAAUGUAUUGUGACUUUGCUGGAGAGUUUGGAAUUUUUUCUCUAUAAAUUGUGACUGUUUUAGUAGUAAUUUUGCUUAAGGUCAAUUGACCGGAAUAGAUCUGAUUUUCCAAGAUCUUUGAUAAAAAACUGUUGAUGGUUUUAAAUUAUCUAAAUGUGAUUCUUAUCUAUAUGUUUUUUAACUGGUAUGCAAUACAUUAUCAUAGCAUUAUGUAGCCAAAUCCCAUUCCAUGGAUUUACCGACUAUUAAUUUUGUUUGUGUGAAAAUCCGUCCAGUUGUAUUUUACACUGUGAUAAAAUAUAUAGGGAGGACUGUAGACUCCCUAAAGCCUAACGAUUUAUUUAUAGAACGUUGGUUUUCCUUGACAGUGAUGCAUUAAGUAUUUGUUUAUACCCUUGUUGAUAUUUUAUAUAUUUAAAAUAUUAAAAGUAUGUACAUUUUUUUCUGUAUUUUUCAUGCCUAUGUGUCAAAAGUUUUACAAGCUACUGAUUUCAAUUAAAAUUGAAUGUUGUUGAA